GUAUACCAUUCCAUCACGCUCUAUUUGGAGGAAAUGCUAGUGAGAUAUCCCUCAACGCCCUCAAACAUUGUAGGAGAAGAAAAGCUAGGACUGUUUUCAGUGACCCGCAGCUUACAGGUUUAGAAAAGCGUUUUUCCGCACAGAGGUAUCUCUCGACGCCAGAGAGAGUAGAGCUUGCCAGCGCAUUGAGUUUGAGCGAAACUCAAGUAAAGACGUGGUUCCAAAACAGGAGGAUGAAGCACAAAAAGCAAAUGAGGAAGAUGCAAGAAGAAAAAGCCAAUUCUUCUGUUUCAGUCAAACUUACGGUGGGGGCGCCCGAGAAAAUGCACG